CCCUCCCCUCCUCCCCCAUCUUCUCCAAAAUAUCCGCCAUGGAAGUACCUUGAAAAACCCUAAAUAUUUUCUCACAUUCCUCUUUAAAACCUAACGGACCACCAAAUGGGUACUCUUGUACCCUUCCAAGACCUCAAUCUUUCCCCAGAACCACCCCAAACCAUCAGCGUCGAACCCCUCUCCGCCGUGACCAGCACCAGCACCAUCACUUUCUUAACACCUAAAAUUGAACCCAAGCAAGAACCUUUCGACGAACCAGCACCAACUCAGACCAACUACAGGCAACUAAACACCCUCUUUUCUCUCUUCCAGUUCUGCCCUGACUUCCCUUCUAAUCCGAAUCUACCCUCGUCUAACAUUUCCUCUUCCACCGAUGACCAAAACGCCCUUUACUCCGAAUACUUCCGAAUCUCCGAACUAUUCCGCUCCGCCUUCGCCAAAAGAUUACAAAAAUACGGUGACAUCGACGUCCUCGACCCAGAUUCUCGGGCCAUCGUACCCUUGCCCGAAGAACAACCCGAACCGAGCUCCGAAACUCCGCAAUUAACACCUCCAACCUGACGAGCUCUGUCCGUCGUCGGUUCACGUCGCAGGGCCGGAAGAUCCAACGAGCUGGUUCGGGUAACUAAUUUGGGAAUCGAAGACGAGAGGCAUUUCCGGGACGUUGUGCGAAGAACCCGAAUGAUGUACGAUUCCCUCCGCAUUUUGGCCAUUUUGGAGGAAGAAAAGAGGAAGGGACCGGGGCACGGGAGACGGGCACGUGGCGAUUUGAGAGCAGCCGCGUUGAUGAGGGAGCGAGGGCUGUGGUUAAACCGUGAUAAAAGAAUAGUGGGUUCAAUCCCAGGUAUUGAAAUUGGUGACUUGUUCUUUUUCAGAAUGGAGCUUUGUGUGAUGGGUUUACAUGGACAAGCUCAAGCCGGCAUUGAUUACUUGCCUGCGAGCCAGAGCUCGAAUGGGGAGCCGAUUGCCACCAGCAUUAUUGUUUCAGGUGGAUACGAGGAUGAUCAAGAUGCUGGGGACUUGAUCAUUUACACUGGUCAUGGUGGACAGGAUAAGCUUUCACGGCAAUGUAUGCAUCAGAAGCUUGAAGGAGGGAAUUUGGCACUAGAAAGGAGUAUGCAUUAUGGAAUUGAGGUAAGGGUGAUUAGAGGGAUUAAAUAUGAGAAUAGUGUUUCAAGUAAAGUUUAUGUUUAUGAUGGUUUAUAUAAGAUUCUUGAUUGUUGGUUCGAUGUGGGGAAGUCAGGUUUCGGGGUUUAUAAGUAUAGGUUGUUGAGAAUUGAUGGGCAACCCGAGAUGGGUAGUUCGAUUAUGAGGUUUGCUGAGAGUCUUAGGACUAGGCCUUUGUCCGCUAGGCCGAUGGGGUAUUUGAGUCUUGAUAUUUCGAUGAAAAAAGAGAAAGUUCCAGUUUUUCUUUAUAAUGAUAUUGAUAGUGAUCAUGAUCCUAUGUAUUAUGAUUAUCUUGUGAAGAGUGUGUUUCCUCCUUAUGCAUUUGGUCCGGGGAGUAAUCGUACUGGAUGUGAGUGUGUUUCGGGGUGUACAGAGGGGUGCUUUUGCGCUAUGAAGAACGGUGGUGAUUUUGCUUAUGAUCAUAAUGGUCUUCUCUUGAGAGGGAAACCAGUGAUAUUUGAAUGUGGGAAUUUCUGUCAAUGCCCUCCAACUUGUCGGAACCGUGUUUCACAGCAUGGGUUGAGAAAUAGGUUGGAAAUAUUUAGGUCAAGGGAAACCGGUUGGGGAGUCAGGUCCUUGGACUUGAUACAAGCUGGUGCUUUUAUAUGUGAAUAUGCAGGGGUGGUUCUCACAAGGGAGCAAGCGCAAGUUUUCACUAUGAAUGGCGAUACAUUGAUUUAUCCCAAUCGGUUCUCUGAACGAUGGGCAGAAUGGGGGGAUUUAUCUCAGAUAUUUGCAGAAUAUGUGCGUCCAUCAUAUCCCUCAAUUCCACCUUUAGGUUUUGCAAUGGAUGUAUCAAGGAUGAGGAAUGUUGCUUGUUAUAUGAGCCAUAGUUCCAGUCCCAAUGUGCUGGUGCAGUGUGUGUUGUAUGAUCAUAAUAACUUAAUGUUCCCCCACCUUAUGCUUUUUGCAAUGGAGAAUAUCCCUCCUAUGAGGGAGCUUAGCAUUGACUAUGGUGUGGCUGAUGAAUGGACUGGGAAGCUCUCUAUUUGUAACUAAAUAAUUUAGAGGAGGUCUUCGGAUUUUGAAGUGGUGCAGCAGGGCAGUGAGACAUGUUAGACUGAGGUGAGGAUUGGACAAUGCAUCUAAAACAGUUCUUAUCUGGUUCCUUGAAUUUUUUGGCCCCCAUCCUUUUCUUUGAAUGUUGCUGCAAAUGUGACACUAUCAGAUAAGACUUGGCCAAUCUGCUGCCUCAGAUUUGCGCUUUCCUUGCCUUGACAAUACUAUUAGUUCCCUGGUGGUUAGAAAAAGUGGGAAAUUGAUGAACAGAAUUUUUGGGAGAGUGUGGUUGCUGCUUCAGCGUUCUGCUGACAAAGUUUAUGAUCCUUUCGAUGGACCUCUGCGAUGAUGCCUUUGUACAUGCUUUUUCUGCCGGGAAUACUCAUCUUAUGCUUUUGUAAGCUUGUACUCAUGACUCUAAAACCCUCAAAAGACUUUUUCAUUUUAAAAAUUUUCCCUGUACCCUUUGUAUAUAUGAGGUCCAAAAUGGACAGGCUUGUACAGGAAUUGUAUCAGUGUUUUUGUAGUUCAAUGAAGCAAAGCCCACGUAUCUCCAGUGUUUCUUCU